AUGGGUGUCAUGGGCAAAAGGAAGUACAUGAAAGUGCGCCAUUCCUUUUCAUUUAAAAAGAUACUAUCCAAGGGGAAAAAAUUUUCUUGCUUAAAAGUAGCGAACUGCCGUGUUCCUGCUCUUUUGCCAUACUACAAACUAGUUCAAUUUCUUGAUAGUGUGAAUAUUGGCACUCUGCAUUCUGUUAGAGAAGAGCUGUGUUUUGAUCUCAAUGAUGCAGAUAAAGUUAAUGGGUACUUUCGGAAUUUAAAAGAAUUUAUGCCACGGUUAGCUGAAUUUUAUUUGAAAUUGUACCCCAACAAUGAAUUUGACUGGUUUGGAAAGCCCUUCACUUUCAAGGUAGCCAUUGGCGGCGAUGGCGCACCUUUUGGGAAAUACGAUCAGGCUAGUUCAUGGCUUGUCAGCUUUUUGACUGUUGGAAAAUGUUGCCUGAGCAGUGAUGACAAUUUUUUAAUAUUUGGGGCAAACUGCUCUGAAAGCUGCAUUGCAGUGGAAAGGUAUGUCACCAGACUUGUCAGUGAUAUAGCUUAUCUGGAGGAUAAUGUUUUCCCUAUAAAUGGCUAUGUAGUUAAGUUUGAAUUUUCGGAAAUUCCUAAUGACAUGAAGAUGCUGUGUUUCUUAGGAGGAGAAUUGAGUAACAUUGCCAAAUAUUUCUCAUCAUUUGGGAAUGUAACCUAUGAUGAUAUGGCCAAUUUGCAAUUCACCUUUGGUCGAGCUGAUACAAACCAGUGGAAACCAUGGGACUAUGGCAAACGUGUAAAAGUGGUCAAACAAGUUGAAGAGUUGGAAAGCAAACUGGCAAAGACUACCCUUAGUGCCAGUACUAAACGGGGUAAGAUAACCUCACUUAUUGCAGAAAAACAAUCAAGGCAAGAAUUUGCUCCAAGAAUUGGCAAGCUGAUUGAAAAAGCACACGUUGAACCCCUGCACUUAAAAAAUAAUGCAUGUGCCCUUCUUUUCUCCCUAAUCCUUGAAUUUUCAAUUGAAAUAUCCAAAUUACCACAGAAUGUAAAUGAGUUUCAGAAAGUGAGUACACACUCUCCUUUUUUCAGGCUUAUGACUAGCCUGAAAACUGAGGUAAGUCUUUCACGCUUAGCAAAAAAGGUGGUCAGGUGGUUUGAUGAGGGAAAGGGAAAUCCUAAGGCAUUUUCGUACCGCUUUACAGGGGAGGAAUCACGUAGAUUUCUGCACAAUUUUAUGUUCCUGAUUAAGGCAAUGAAGGGUGAAAGAGACCCACAACCUGUUGAGUUUAAACUGCAUGUCUUUGCCUUCACAUGCCUUUCACUACAGAUGCUGUCUCACUUUUUUGUAGACUGCAAAUUGAGAAAAAACAGCUUGAUGAUCUUGAGAAAGCAUGCCAGAAUUUCUUUAUUUCCUGUGCAUUAUUUCUCCAAGUCAACCCCUCAGUAUGGACCCUUGGGCAUGUUGUCCCUGUUCACACCAGGGAGAUGUUUGAAAUGUAUGGGAAGGGGUUGGCCCUUAACUCCAUGGAGGGUAGGGAAGCAAAACAUCAAGCAAUUUCCCGGUAUGCCCAGAACUCAAACUUCUUGA